AGGGGCGGCUCGGGAGCAGCCUGAGCGGUAGCGGCGGCGGCGGCGGCGGCGGCGGCGGGGCUCGGCGCCCUCUUCUCUGCAAACCAUGUUUGCCAAAGGCAAAGGCUCGGCGGUGCCCUCGGACGGGCAGGCUCGGGAAAAGUUAGCUUUAUAUGUCUACGAAUAUCUACUGCACGUAGGAGCACAGAAAUCUGCACAGACCUUCUUGUCAGAGAUUCGAUGGGAAAAGAACAUCACGUUGGGAGAACCGCCUGGGUUUCUGCACUCGUGGUGGUGCGUAUUUUGGGACCUUUACUGUGCAGCUCCUGAAAGGCGAGACACUUGUGAACAUUCAAGUGAAGCAAAGGCCUUUCAUGAUUACAGCGCAGCAGCCGCCCCGAGCCCUGUGCUUGGCAACAUUCCCCCCAAUGAUGGGAUGCCUGGAGGUCCCAUCCCCCCAGGUUUCUUUCAGGGUCCUCCGGGGUCACAGCCCUCGCCGCACGCACAGCCACCACCUCACAAUCCCAGCAGCAUGAUGGGACCCCACAGUCAGCCUUUUAUGUCACCGCGAUACGCAGGCGGCCCCAGGCCCCCAAUCCGAAUGGGAAACCAGCCCCCGGGAGGAGUUCCUGGGACGCAGCCGCUGCUGCCCAAUUCCAUGGAUCCCACACGACAACAAGGGCACCCCAACAUGGGAGGAUCAAUGCAGAGAAUGAACCCUCCCCGAGGCAUGGGGCCCAUGGGUCCUGGCCCACAGACUGACCCUUGGUUAUUGUUGCAGAAUUACGGCAGCGGCAUGAGACCACCACCCAACUCCCUCGGCCCCGCCAUGCCUGGGAUUAACAUGGGCCCGGGAGCUGGCAGACCCUGGCCCAAUCCUAACAGUGCUAACUCAAUUCCAUACUCCUCUUCAUCACCUGGUACCUACGUGGGCCCUCCUGGUGGUGGUGGCCCCCCAGGAACACCCAUCAUGCCUAGUCCUGCAGAUUCAACAAAUUCCAGUGACAACAUCUACACAAUGAUUAAUCCGGUGCCGCCUGGAGGCAGCCGGUCCAAUUUCCCGAUGGGGCCAGGCUCGGACGGCCCAAUGGGAGGCAUGGGCGGCAUGGAGCCACACCACAUGAACGGAUCACUAGGUUCAGGUGACAUAGAUGGACUUCCAAAAAAUUCUCCUAACAACAUAAGUGGCAUUAGCAAUCCUCCAGGCACCCCGCGAGAUGACGGCGAGCUAGGAGGGAACUUCCUCCACUCCUUCCAGAAUGACAAUUAUUCCCCCAGCAUGACGAUGAGUGUGUGACCCCCCUCCUCCUCUUCGAGACGCUGAGAGAGCCGGCCUUGCAGGCGGGAAGAUGCCAGAAAUUAUGCAAGAAGAAGGGAGAUGUCGUAACCCAGGAGCCGGGGGAAGGGCAUCUCCUUGCUCCCCCCACCCCCACCUUCUCCCAACUGUAGUUUCAUGCAAUAAAAAGGCUGAACUUUUUAUUCCAUAAAACACGAAGGACAAAACUCAAGAUAUAUUUCAAGUCAAUGACCAGAAAAAUCCCCACACCCUCGCCCUUUCCCAAGAGGACCUUUUUUCAUGUACAUGACACUUUUUUUUUUUGUGGUUUUUGUUUUGUUUCAUUUUGGGGUUUCACAUUGUUUGGGAUUUUUUUUUUCCUUUAAUUUGUUUUCAGGGGGGUUGGUUGGGGAAUUGAUUUUUUUUUUUUUUUUACAGAAGCUUCUAGAGCAAGCCCCUCCUCCUCCCCCAGCCACCCUCUUUGCUUUCUCCUUAAAAAAAAAAAAAAAAAAAAAACGAAAAUACCAGCCAAGCCCUGUUGCCUGCCUGUCCCCCAGCCCUGCCUGCCACUAAGAAAGCUAGUCUAGGCAUGAGAGCUCAGUGUACUGUCUUCAUAGCCAUCUGAAAAUAAUAUGCUGGGCAGUUUACAAUCAGUGGUUUCUUUCAGAAAGCCCCCCUCCUUUAUUUUUUAAGCAAAAAAAGGAACUUACCCUACUGGGGCAUUCUAUUGGGGAGCACAGGCAAGGGGGGACAGGGGGACAGGAGCCUGCUUUUUUUUUUGUUAUUUCUGCUCCAUUUUCCCAACCCAACUGGCCAACAGCAACUUGGACCCCGAAAAACACACACAAACACACACACACCCCAGUUUCAUGGCCCCAGGGGUCAGACCACCUGACCAACCGCUUCCAGGAUUCCUCCCGGUGGCUCUGUGACCCAGUGGCAUACACUGUGUCCCCAGGACUGCUUCCCUUCUCUCUGCACCUCUCCCCCCGAGGCUCCUGUCCACCCUCUGCCUGCACCCCAGUCUUCCCAGCGAGGAUCCUGCCAGCUGGGUGGUGGCCUGGAGUGGCACAGGGGGAGGCCGCCCCCACCAGGAUGGCUAUGACCUGGGACAAGGAAAUUGACCUCCACAUCCUCAGCUCCCUUGGGUCCUCACGGACCGUCGUAAGGCUGAAGUUUGGGUUUUUUUUGUUUGUUUGUUUGUUUCCUCUUUCUCUUUCUUCCUUUAAAAAAAAAAAAUGGGGAUAUUGACCAGGAUUGCUCUGUAUAUGCUUGGAACUGGAUGGACAGACUUUGGAAUCGCUGGGGGGAGGGGAGGGACACCAACAACCAAACAAAUGUGUUGUUUCCGCUCCUGUUUUUAUUUUCAAAAACCGACACACACACACACACACACACACACACACAGACACGCGAGACCUCGGAGCCUGUCCCUUCCCAAGAGGGAUGACUCAUGGCCUCCCUCACCUCACCGCCGCGCCCCCUCUCCCAUGGAAACCUUUGUGUCUUGCCCUGAAGACACCCAAAUUCUUUGUACAUUUACACCCCCUCCUUGCUCCACCCCACCCCACCCCCGUAGCUGGUCUUUGUUUUCUCCCCUCCCUUUCUGAUCCAUGUAUAUUAUAUUAUGUGAGAUAUCAUCUGCCUGAAAAAAGACCUUGUGCGGAUUAUUGGGAACAUUGUAGCUGUUUCUGUGUUUUUUCUUACCUUGUAGUCUGGUUCUGAAUUAAGAGAGGAAAAAAAAAGUAAUUAUGAUACAUUGUAGUUUGUGUACGAUAUAUGUUGAUAACGUUUUAUUAAAGGGACAUCUUUUUUCCGCA